UCGUACGGCGGAGAAAAGCGGAAUGAAAGAAAAAUGAUGAAGUUACUUGAAAAAUUAUCUCCUGCAGAAUGUCCAAAACUGCUACACAGAGUGGUGGAUGGCCUUUGUGGACGGGGUUAUCCACGGAGAACAGACUAUGGUGACAGAUGGAGCCUCUCAGAAUGGACGGAGCUUAUGAACGCACUCCCCUCCCUCUUCAGGCUGGCUAUUGGCAAGAAAUACUCAGAUCAGGAGAUCCAGGAAUUGCUGGCUGAUCUGGACUCUGGCCAUGCUGAAGCCAUUUUGCAGGUUGUCCACUCCAGGCAGGAGGAGAUUAGACACGCUCUAGUGGAGAGAACUAAUGCUGUCUCCAGCACGCAGCUUCAGGACUUCAACUGGCAGAUCAAACUGGCCUUGUCUAGUGAUAAACUCUCUGCUCUACACACUCCUCUGCUGAACCUGAGUCUGGACCUGAAAGAGAAUGCAAUUCAGAGACCUGUCAGCAUAGAAAUGAACAGAGAGGAGCUACAAACACUCAUCAGUGCACUGGAGGCGGCCAAUAAGGUGGUCUUGCAGCUGAAAUGAGAAGGGCAGUUGAAUCUUGACUAUUUAUCCCAUCGCCAUGACAACUCUGUGACCUCAGACUACAGGUGGUGGAGGCUUUAAUGCAAUUGUUACGAAACAUCGCCCACGUGACCCAGGAGCGGAAUUCACGCAUAAAAAAAACAAAACAAAACAAAAAAAAAACACCAACUUGUUAAGCACGUCUUUAAGGGCUAAAGACGUUUCCAUCUCUAACGACCCAUCAUCUCUUCCAUUACGAUAUAACCCCAUUUGCUAGAGCUCCGUGCAGUCCAGGUGGUGAUUUUUCAAUAACGCUGGAUUAAGAGCCUGAACCGAGGCCCCUCACGUCAUCAGCCAGUCAGAACCUUUCAUUGCUUGACUGACAAAGACUUCUUACCCAGAGCUCACACCAUCAUUCAGCGCUCUCUCCUCUAAUCACGUCAUUAAGGCAAAGAAACGAGCCCAUAAUUCUCUCCGGGAGACGUCUCGGAGCUUCCUGUGCCAUCUCGCGUCUUUAAUGAGGGCGAGGUGUCAGUUCAAAAUGGGUGGUGUUGCGAUAUGCUGACAUCACUUCCUCCGUUCACUGAGCGUCCUUAAUGAGAAACGGUCA